AUGCUGGCAGCAUUUGGCCACAUACGCUGUGGCGCAUACUCGAGGCAUGUUUCUGCGCUGAAGCCUCGCAAGCGUUGGGCUACCUCUAACCUCCGUGGACCAUCUCGAUAUCGAGCCUUUAGCUCCUCAUCCAAGCCCACCCCUCCAGAAGGGUCAUGGGACAGUCAUGUCCACAUCAUCGAUCCCGUCAAAUAUGCGUUUCCCGCCAACGUCAAGCCGCCUAAAGAAGCGACGAUGCGCCAAGCACUCGAGAACGCUGACAACCUCGGAUUGCCGAACAUGGUCUUUGUCCAGUUAUCAACAUAUGGCAAUGACAAUACGUGGGUGCUAGAGUCCCUAAAACAUACGGGACCGGCUAGGGGGCGUGGUGUCGUCGCUUUCGACCCGGAGCGUGUCGACCUUCAGACUCUCAAAGGGUGGCAUGAUCUCGGUGUCCGAGGCGUUCGAGUCAACCUCAGAUCUUCCAAGACUGUUCUUACCAAGACUGAGAUCCAGAACGUAAUGCACAAGUACGCCGAAAAGCUUCGGCCGUUGAAGACAUGGUCGAUUGGAUUAUACGCCGACAUGGAGGUCCUUGAUCACGUCCAGCCUUUGAUCCCCGAACUCCAGGUGAAGGUCGUCCUCGAGCACUUCGGCUCUCCGGCAUUCCUUCCACUGGACCCGUCGAAGCAGCCAGGCUGGGAGGCGCUGUGCCGCAUGAUGGAAGACCCUAGUGUCUACGUCAAAAUAUCAGCACCGUAUCUGUUCUCUAAAGAUACAGACUUCUCCAACUUGGAGUCGUUGACAAAGGCGCUUUUCCGUAUGCGCAACGGCGCAGGAGUUGUCUUCGGCUCAGACUGGCCUCAUACGAAGUCCCGAGGAUGGGAUGCAAAGCCGUUUGUGGAAAAGGUGGUGGAGUGGUGCGAUUGGAACGAGGAGCUGCGAGAGAGGCUUUUUCGAGGCAACGCGCGAGAGCUAUGGGACAUUGAAUGA